UUUGGAUCACUGUUAGUUAAUUAAUAAUCUCACAUAGUAUUUAAACUCAAAGUCAGUGAGUGCUGCACGUAUAUCCAAGUUUUCAGAGAAGUACAAGUGACAGCACACUACCAAGCAGAAAGCCGAAGAUUCCUUAACUACCAAUUCCUCUCUUGAAGACUGCCUAGUUAAUAAUUAUCAUUUAUGCAAAUAGAUCAAAGCCAGACUGACGACUUUCAUUCAUUCCAACAUGCAAAAACAGAGCUGAACAUUUCUGUCAAAAAGUUAUUCAGGAAAAGAUACAUGAAGUAAACACCAAGACAAUGGAAAGACCACAUGAGGCUACGAAGAUGGAAAACAACACUUCUUCCUGCUUUUUCAUGGAAAGAAAGACUCGUGUGAAGGCUAAUAGGAAAGAGAUUGUGCUAACCAAGCUGAGGAAGAGCUUCUCCUGCACACCAAGGAAACUGAAGAACUUUGUAAUGGACUUCUUUCCUGUUUUACGAUGGCUUCCCAAAUACCAGUGCAAAGAGUACAUUUGGGGUGAUGUUAUGUCUGGGUUAGUGAUUGGAAUCAUUUUGGUGCCCCAAGCAAUCGCAUACUCACUACUGGCAGGCCUGAAGCCUAUUUACAGUCUUUAUACAUCUUUCUUUGCCAACAUCAUCUAUUUCUUAAUGGGCACAUCUCGUCACGUCUCAGUUGGCAUUUUCAGCUUGAUAAGUUUAAUGGUGGGACAAGUUGUGGACAGAGAACUUCUCUUAGCUGGAUUUGACUUGAAUGAUGAUGCCACACCAGCCUUGGGUCACGGCUCCCUGCAGACUGACAGCCAGUCCAACACAACUGUCUUCAAUCUUACUACCGAGGGGAUGAAUGCUGAAUGUGGAAAAGAAUGCUAUGCUAUAGGCAUUGCUACAGCCCUGACAUUUGUGGCUGGAGUGUACCAGGUUCUAAUGGGAGUCUUCCGUCUGGGUUUUGUAUCUAUGUACCUGUCUGAAUCAGUUCUAGACGGCUUUGCAACUGGCGCUUCCUUAACAAUUUUAACAGCUCAAGUGAAGUAUCUGAUUGGAAUAAAAAUCCCACGUAGCCAAGGGCACGGGAUGCUUGUUAUUACUUGGAUUAACAUUUUCAGGAACAUUUCUCAGGCUAACAUUUGUGAUAUCAUUACAAGUGCCAUUUGUAUCGUUGUGCUGGUUACUGCUAAGGAACUGGGAGAUCGUUACAAGCAUAAGCUGAAAUUCCCUCUUCCCACAGAGCUGAUAGUUAUUGUUGUGGCGACACUAGUGUCACAUUAUGGAAACUUAAAUGAAGUGUAUUCAUCCAGUGUCUCUGGAGCUAUUCCAACAGGAUUUAUUGCCCCCAAGGUACCACGUUUUGACUUAAUGAUCCGUGUUGCUAUAGAUGCCUUACCUCUCGCAGUAGUAAGCUUUGUCUUCACUGUAUCCCUUUCUGAAAUGUGUGCAAAGAAAUACGCUUACACUAUCCGAGCCAAUCAGGAAAUGUUUGCUGUAGGGUUCUGCAACAUCAUUCCGUCUUUUUUCCACUCUUUUGCAACAAGUGCAGCUCUGGCAAAAACACUUGUGAAAACAUCUACAGGCUGCCAGACUCAAGUCUCCGGAGUGAUUAGUGCAAUGGUGGUUCUGCUGGUACUACUCUUCUUGGCACCUCUCUUCUACUCCUUGCAAAAGUGCGUCCUUGCUUGUAUCAUCAUUGUCAGCCUUCGAGGAGCUCUAAGAAAGUUCCGAGAUGUGCCAGCACGGUACCAUGUGAAUAAGGUGGACACAGUGGUUUGGGUCGUUACUAUGUCUGCCUCUGCUUUGAUCAGCACAGAAAUAGGGCUACUAGUUGGCAUUGUUUUCUCCAUGUUAUGCAUCAUUGUUCGGACACAGCAGCCACGGACAGCCCUGCUUGGUCAAAUCCAAGAUACCAACUUUUAUGAGGAUGACUUAGAAUAUGAAAAUCUCUCUUCUGUUCCAAAGGUCAAAAUAUUCCGUUUUGAGGCACCACUUUAUUAUGCCAAUAGAAACUAUUUCCUAAAGUCUCUGUACAGAUUGACUGACCUAGAUCCUAACUUAGAAGCUGCCAGAAGGAAGAAAUAUGAGAAGAAGGAAAAGCAGCAUCUGAAAAAAGAAAAUCAACAAAAUCAACCAACUGUUAAUGGACUGGACAAUAGAGACACCACUCUGCAACUAGUCCCUAAGCAAAUUGACUUCCAAGCCCUUGUUGUAGAUUGCUCUUCCAUCCCAUUUUUGGACACCACUGGAGUUAAUACUCUAAAGGAAAUUCUAAAAGACUACAAGGAAUUAAAUAUUUCUGUUCUCUUAGCUUGCUGUAAUCCCUCAGUGAUAGACUCUCUGAAAAGAGGAGGUUACUUUGGGAAAGAUUUUGGAGGUAUGCAAGAAAUGCUCUUCUACAGUAUACACAAUGCUGUGCGGUUUGCAAAAGACCAAAAGCUUACUGCAGACUGCUCUGUUUAAUCCCAUUUUUCCUUGACAAUACACUAAAGAAAGUGACAGAUGGAGAAGGGCAGUUUGCAAUAAUUAAGUUAUCAGACACACUGUUGGCUUUGUACAGCAAUGGGCCUACAAGACAUUGUCCCCUGAAGAGUUCUGCAAUUCACUGGAUGCCGCUUAGAACAGCCCUUGGGGACGCAGUCCGGGGCUAGGCUAGGACAAGCUGGAUAAUUAUCUGCACCUCAAUUUCAGAAUGUGGGUGAAAAAGAAGUGCAUCUUGGGGCAGUUUUCCUUGUUUUGCCAUUAUAAUACAUGACCAAAUAUACAGUGUCAUGAGACUGAGACUGGAAGUCUCUCAAGAGCCAUCUGCCUCUCCCAGUGGCUUGUGUUAAGAAGGAUGAGUCAUAUAUCCAAACAUAAUGGAUCACGGACAUAUAAUGAUUUAAACUCUGGCUUGCAAAGCUCUGUCCAUUCCAUCAUUCAAGACACGCUCUUUAGCAACUCCCACUAUUUGCAAGCAAGGAAAAUGUAUAAAGCAUUGUGGGAUGUGUUAAUGUUACGUCUCUCCUCGUCACCUUGAUUGCAUGGGCUUAAUGACACAACUUGCCACAAGUGAAGAAACCACAGGCUAUCACAAUUUCUCUCAAAACCAUCUUCUCAAGAUAACUUCGUGGAGUCACUUGUGAUAUUGGAACCACCGUAUGUUAAUUAGUUACUGAGGGUUUCAAUACCUCUAGUAACAUAGGAAGAAACAUGACCCUGAUGUACAAUUUUCUUGUGUCUAGAGAAAAGAGAUACAUGGGAUUAAGAAAACAGAAUGGCUUUUCUGGCAAUCAUACAGUUACCACAGUAGUUAUACCACCCUGUCAAAAUGUGUUACCUCUGUUGAUACAACUCUAAUCGAGGGACACACAAGGAUCACUAAGUAUAAUCCUCAAGACUGUGAUGCAGCACGCCAUGCCCUUCCUACAACAGCCUGAAAAAGGGACAAGGGUAAGUGAAGAAAGCAAGAGAAAAGAGGAUAAAAUGAGAAGUUAAUCUGUGAUCUACCAUGUAGGGGAAUGGUUAGUCAAAAAUGCCAGGCUGGUUCUCUCUGAUGCACUUCUAAUGAAGUAUAUAUAGCCCACAGCAGUAUAACUGAUCCAAGUAGAGCAAUGCUUUAUAAGUUGUGUAUCCCCAAACACUAGAAAAAUCUCACCACACUCCAGAUCAUUCUACAUACUACUGACUUUUUUUUCCCCACCAUGUAAUUCUUUGAUUAUAGAUCUAAUAACCCGUAUUUUACAGGUCUGUGUUAAUUUUCAUGACAACUUGCAUUGAGUUAUUUAUUCUGUAUGGUGUCAAAUGAUACCCUCAGAGUCAGUUUUGUUGUUUUAUAUCUAUGCUCUCUCUAUACAAAUAAGUACACAUCUAGAUUUUGAUUCUAGUUGUACUGAUUCCAGUACUGCUGGUACUUAUGUUCUAGCAUAUGGCAUUGACAGAAAACUUUUUCUUACACUGAAGUCUAAAAUUACCUGCAUGAAAGGGAGGACAGCUGCCCUACCUUUCUCUUCUUAUUCAUGGCUGGUUCACAUGUGGAACCAAGCAUAGAAGGAAACUGUCACACUUGUGCUUUGUACACUUAGCAGACACCAGAAAUAGGCUACAUGUAUGCUGAAACUAUUUCUUAGAUAUACCACUAAAACAAAUGCCACAUCGACCCAUCAUGUGAUUUGCUUAUUUCAACUUCCAGGUCACUGAAUGGAAGAACAAUCAAACUGAGGUUCUCCAGUUGCCCCAGAGCCUGUUUGGCUUUCAAGAACACAUAUUUCAUUU